CGAGCUGCAGUGCAGCACACCGACGCUCACAUGCACUCGACCCUGCAGCGCCUGAGCAACAUCUCAGCUCUCGCGACCACCGUCAUCCUGUCGCUCCUCGCCGCCAUCGCCGCGUCGUCCUUCCUCAUCCCGACCCCUCUCGACCCCUCGUCCCUCCACAUCUCGCACCUCAACGUCGUCCUCGGCCGCCCAAACUACCAGCCUCGCGCCCACGACCGCGAGUACGCCUUUGUCAAGUUUGACCUCGACGCCGACCUGCGCCCGCUGUUCCACUGGAACACCAAGCAGGUCUUUGUCUACCUCGUCGCCGACUACUCGACCCCGGCCAACCCGGACAACACGGUCGUCGUGUGGGACCGCAUCGUGCGCUCUCGGCGCAACGCGCGCCUGCGCCUCGACGACGCCAAGCAAAAGUACGAGUUCAAGGACCUGUCGCCGUCGUUCGGGACCAACACGACGGCCACGUUUGCGCUCCACUACCAGGUGCAGCCGUACGUCGGUGCGCUGCAGGGCGCAGAGGUCGUCAGGACCGAGCCGGUCGCGUUUCCGCCUGUCAAGCGGCGCAGUCAGUGACGGAGCGGGUUCUCAUGCAGUGCAGCCGUCUUUGUGACUCGUC